AUGAUCCAAAAAGGAGCGCAUGCGUCGUGCCCACUCCAUGACCAAGUGGGCCGAUUUGCGCCAAGAGCAGCAAAAAAUCGAUGGCUUCGCCAGUCGUUGGGUGACAGAGUGGUCGGAAGCAUGUCAGAGCAGCCGGAAAACAACAGCUACGAGCAGGAGUGCCAGCGGGCGGAACUGCUGGGUCUCCAGCCGCCGGACCCCGAGGAAUUCGAGCGGAAGCGCCAAGCGAGAUUGGAGCACGAGCUGGCCGAACAAGAGGCCGCCGAGGCGGUGCUUCUGGAGCAACAAGACGAAGGCCUGGCCAAUGUUGGUGGCAAGCUGGGCGAGCUCAAUAGCAUCCUGUCCAGCACGCAGCAGAAGCUUAACCGCUUCAAGCAAACGGCCUGUGGCAGUUUGACCAACAUAUUUUCCAGGGCCGGCUCGGGCUCGGUGGAUCUUUCAGCAGGCAUGGGGGGAUCGGGAGCGAUGGCCAGCCAGGAAGAGCGUCCGCCUGUCCAAGAUCAGCCGCUGGCCAAGCCACCGCCCACGGCCGCCGAGGUGAGCGCCGCCAAGGCGGCCAAGCAGAAGCGCAUGAACUCGCAGCUGGACAAGUUGGAUGCGUUGAUCAACCAGGCGGACAAUGCCCAGAUAGCCAUGAGUGAGCAGACGCAGCAGAUGCGCCGCCUAGCCAAGUGAAGUGCCCCAUUCAGGAGGAGCGGAGUCCAGGUCAUCUUCGUCGCCUGAUUCUGGCCAGCCUUCUGUCCUCUUCUUUGUUUGGAUGAACACAUGAGUUUCGCUUAAAACUAAACACAAGUUGAGAUUACCCAAAGCGUCUUCAAUCACAUUUGCGAGUGUGCGGACAGUGCGCGUCGUGACGGUCUGCAGUACUGUCUUACAGUCCCGGCGCGCACUGUUCUUCCUUGCAUUCAUUCCGUUGACUUUAUACACAUAAGUAGAUAUUUAAUAGUUUACAUCAGAUAUUCAAAAAUAUAUACCUUCUCGACUAUUCGUUGUCCUACGUAGUUAAAACUGAAUUACAAAUGUUUGACAAUAAUAGCUUUCUUGAAAUAUUUGCGUAGUUUAAUCAUAGUCAAAGCUCUUUUCGAAUUAUACAAAGUUUGAAUACUCCUUUUUAAUUUUGAUUAGGUUCACCAUAAGCAUAUAUACACCAAAUAUAUUCUCCCUACCUUCUUUGAUAUUUGUUUACUCUUGCUAAGUCACAUUUUGGAAAACGUAUUUUUCAGUUCUUUGAAAAUAUAUAAAAAUUGAAUAUUUCAAAUA